GCACGCUUGGUGACCUCGCUGGACUCCCCACCCAUGCUGGGCCAAGAUGUGGGGGGCCUGUGAGGUGGGCGGGCACCCACAGCCCUCUGUGACACAGCAUGGCGUCACAGUGGGGCUCAGCUCUGAGUCCCUCUCCCCGGCAUCCCCGGGCCACAUUUCCCAGCAAAGCCUGGGAGGUGCCAGGGCUGUUCUUGCCAGUGCUGCUCUGCUCCGCUGGAGCUGCUCUGCUGGCAGGAGAAAGCCAGAGGAACCUGUGAGAGCGUGUGAGACGUUGCUUGCCAAGAGGCAAGGAGCAGGAGCAAGGGAGUGAACACCGCUUCCCCAACUGCUGCACAGCAUGGAGAAUGAGGUGUUCAGAUACCUGCUCUUCAAACCCUUGGAUCCCAAGCAGCUUUCCUUACUUAAGGAACUCACCACCUUGGAAAUCUGCAGAGUGUGGGAAGGCACAUCCAAGUAUAUCCGGAGACAGCUGCUGGAGAAGAGGGCGGUGGAUAUUGGAAUUGGGAGCUUUGCAAUUGUGUCAGCUCGUGCCGCCGCCGGAGAGGAUGGGGUUCUGGUUGUGGAUAAACCCAUUUUCCAGCUGAACCAACACGUCCAGCGAUUUUACAAGAUCAAGGAGCCUAAAACCAAAAUUCCUUCUGACAUGUUUGAGUAUCCACUGAACUUCCAGGAGAUUGCUGAAACCAUCUCCUUCCGCGUGCCAAUCGUAGAGCAGUGCGUCCAUGAGACCUUGCUCUUCUUUGCUGAGGCCAUUCGAGGAAAGAAGGAAGUUGACUUCUUCUUCAAGAGACUUGGCAUUCUUUCUCUGAGAGGGCAGGAGGUCAUCAUGAACUUCUUUGAUGACUGCGUACUGCAGCUGGAUGCCACGGGCAACAUGCUGCCCGCUCUUCUUGGGGACUCCAAGAUGAUGAAUAUGAUUGCAUUCAGAGGCAAAAACAAGUUUUCUCGACAGAGUGAGGAUGGCUGCAUCGUACUGCCAAGAAUUUCAGUUGAGGGCUCGAAGACCAGCCAAGAUAUGACUUUCUUCAGGCCCCAAAGAGGGUUGCACCCAUGGAGCAGGAGUGCCCGAAGAGUGAGCGUGUAUGAUCCAGUGUUGCUGGCUCAGCGCAGGGCAUUUCAAGCUGUGAGGGCAGAAAGAAUACACAGGGAGCAGGAGAGGAGAAAGCAUAGAGUUAGAGUCAGGUUCCUGUCACAAGUUGAGCCGGUGAAUGUUGAAGAACUGAAACAACCAAAACCUCCAGAUCAGCCAAAGCCCUCUGCCAGUGCCAAGCAGCCCUCCAGAACGGUACAAUAGAAGCAUUGAUCGACCACACUUGAAUCCCCCUGGGGCUCCAGAGGAGGGCAGGCAUGGCAGCAGCAGCUGCCCUCCCAGGGGUCUCUGCCCAAGCCCCCGGAGACUGACGCUGCCAAUGGUUGUGUCUUCCUGGCCUGCAGGCAGCGCGCUUGAUGCGUCCUCAGACUGAGGAGAAAAGGUGCCAGGUGCUGAUUGGCUCGAAGCGCAAGGAGGUCGAGGCUGAAAUCCAGAGCGAGUACCAGCAGUGCACAUGGAGGCAGAGCUUGGAGAGAAGCCAGAACCCUUUCCACCGCCUGCUGGAGGGUGACUCUCGUCCUUCCUACAUCGUGAGAAGGGAGUAUGACCAGCAGCUGAGAGAGAGGCUGAAGGGGAAGGACGGGUGCCAAAAACCCGCAGGGCAGACAGCGCUAGAGGGGUGGCAAAACAAGCCACAGCUCCCGAGGACAUCACGGGAACAGAAAGGAGAGAAAAUGAGGCUCUUGGACCACCGUGGGAAGGCCCAGGGCCUGCCAACCCUGUUAGGAAGCUGCCAGGCAGCUUCCAGCUGCAGCAGCUGUAGCUGUCCUGGCCUACACCAAAAUGCUGCUACAGGCACCACCACCUGUAGCACCCAGGUGCACUCAAACAGAACCUCCCACCGCUGCAUGCUGCCACCUUUGCAGGGGGAGAGCUGUCAGCAGCGGGGGCGAGGGGCAUCUUUACAAAAGUAACUUAACGUCUUCAAACAAAUAAAGAGAAGUUAACAACUUC